AUGUCGCACUACAUAGAGACCGAAAUUGCUGCUCUAACACAGAGAGUCCAAUCAGAUCCAGAAUCCCUCGAUGCCGAGUCGCGAGCAAAAGCCGUAAAAGCCGCAAGAGAUCUCCUAAACGCCCUCACUCCACCCCCAGAGAUCGUCAUCCAGGAUGUAGUCCUCAACCCACCUCUCCUGAUGGCUCUCCGCGUCGGUGUCGAUCUCGACAUAUUUCAAAUCAUUUGCGAAGACGAGGGCGAGGGAGUGACUACACAGAGCAUUGCUGAGAAGUCUGGUGCGAGUCUUAUGGUUGUCGACCAGAUUCUACGGCUACUUGCUACAAAGGGCUACAUCCUCGAAGCCGGGGUACAGACUUACAAACCCUCGCAAUUGACUAAAACAAUGGCAGCACCCCCAUUUACUGCUAUGACACGGGCAUGUUUUGAUAUCGGCAACUACAGCACAACCUACGCACCGGAAUACUUCCGCCAGAACAAGCACGCAUUCCCAUCUUCCACAACAGACACGCCUUUUCAGCUCGCCAAGAAUACGUCCCUUGACUACUUUGCCUGGUUAGCAGAGAACCAAGCAUUAGCGACGGACUUCCAGGCUUGGAUGACGGUGAAACAGCAGGCAGCACCGAAUUGGGUAGAUUGGUUUGAUGUGAAGGGUGUUAUUCUUGACGGCUUCCGAGGGCACAUCGCGCAACCCGGUGAUAGCAAAGGUGACGGUAAUGCUGAGAUCUUAAUCGUCGACAUCGGCGGCGGAGAAGGUGCCUACCUGCAUGCAUUCAACCAUAAGUUCCCCGAUAUACCUGGCCGUCGGAUCCUCCAGGAUCUACCGCAUGUACUUGACACUGUUACCGAUAUACCGGAGAAGACAGAACUCAUGGCGCAUGAUUUCUUCACAGCCCAGCCUGUCAAAGGAGCGAGAACAUACUACCUCCACUGGAUCCUGCACGACUGGUCCGACUCACAGGCCUGCCAAAUCUUGUCCAACAUCGCUGCAGCCAUGGAGCCUGGCUACUCGGUACUUAUCAUAAACGAGACGAUUAUUCCCGACGAGGGUUGUGAUUCCCUGGCUGCUGCCAUUAGCGCAAUGAUGAUGCUUCAGGUUGGGGCGGCGGAGAGAACAGAGAGGCAGUGGAGGGAACUACUGGCAACGGUCGGUCUGACUGAUGUGCGCUGUUACCAAUCGCCUGCUGGGGGUGCCGGGGAGGGUAUUAUUGUCGUUAGGAAUGACGUAACAGACGCUAAGUAUCUAGUUGCAACCUUCGCCUGUGGUCAUGCGAAAACUCCUCCAUACUUCAGGCGUGGUACGCUCAAGAGGGUUUCAUUGGGCAGGUUUCCUGGACGGGAAUGCACAUUUGGCUCAUCCAGCGAGGAUUCCUGGGCCUUACGAGUUGUGAGCUCACGCGGCAGUGCCUUCAAGGGUAUUUAUGAUACGGUUGGCAGCCGGCACCUCAUCCAGCGCCCGUCACUGUACACAAAUGCUACAAGAUGA